GACAGUUCACCCAGAGGAGAAACCUUAUGAUCACAGUGGAUAUGGGAAGUCUUACGAUAAGUGUGCUCUCGUAGAAUGCCAAAGAACACACACAGGGAUGAAACUCUGUCAAAGUAACGUAUAUGGGAAAACACUCUCCAAGAUGUCACAUAUCAAGGAACAUCAGAGAAUUCACACAAGGGAGAAAUCCUAUGAAUGUGUUGAAUGUGGGAAAACUUUCUCUCAUGAGACACACCUUAGUGCACAUCAGAGAAUUCAUGCUGGGGAGAAACCCUAUGAAUGUAACGGAGGUGGGAAAACCUUGGCUGAUAAUUCUACCCUCAGAGCACAUCAAAGAAUUCAUACAGGGGAGAAACGCUAUGAGUGUAAUGAAUGUGGGAGGCCUUUUACCCAUAUAUCUGUUCUCAGAGCACAUCAGAGAAUUCAUACUGGUGAGAAGCCCUAUGAAUGUAAUGACUGUGGAAGAUCUUUAGCCCAUAAUUCAGCCCUUAAAGCACAUCAGAGAAUUCACACAGGGGAGAAACCCUAUAAGUGUAGUGACUGUGAAAAAGCUUUUGCCCAUAAUUCAGCUCUCAGAAUACAUCAGAGAAUUCACACAGGAGAGAAACCAUAUGAAUGUAAUGAAUGUGCAAAAACCUUUGCCCAUAAUUCAGCCUUCAGAGCACAUCAGAAAAUUCACACAGGGGUGAAACUCUAUGGAUGUCAUGAAUGUGGGAAAACUUUUUCUCAGAAGACAUACCUCAGUAUACAUCACAGAAUUCACACCGGUGAGAAACCUUAUAAAUGUAGUGAGUGUGGGAAAACCUUUUCUCGGAAAUCAUACCUCAGUGGACAUGAGAGAAUUCACAAAGGGGAAAAACCUUAUACAUGUAACGAUUGUGGUAAAACCUUCAUUUCUAAGGCUGCCCUCACUGUCCAUCAAAGAAUUCACACAGGAGAGAAACCCUAUGAAUGUAAUGAAUGUGGGAAAACUUUCUCCCAAAGGGCACACCUCUCUGCACAUCAGAGAAUCCACACCGGGGAGAAACCUUAUGAAUGCAAUGAAUGUGGGAAAUCUUUUGCUGAUAAUUCAGCAUUCAGGGCACAUCAGAGAAUUCACACAGGGGAGAAACCCUAUGAGUGUGGUGAAUGUGGGAAAACUUUCUCCAAGACUUCACACCUUAGGGCACAUUUGAGGACUCAAACAGGAGAGAAACCCUAUGAAUGUAAUGAAUGUGGGAAAACGUUCUCCCAGAAGUCAUAUGUUAUUGCACAUCAGAGAAUUCAUACAGGUGAGAAACCCUAUGAAUGUAAUAUAUGUGGGAAACCUUUUGCUCGUAAUUCAACCCUCAGAGCACAUCAGAGAAUUCACACAGGUGUAAAAUCCUAUGAAUGUAAUGAAUGUGGGAAGACUUUCUCCCAGAAGUCACAGCUAAGUGUACAUCAGAGAAUUCACACAGGGGAGAAACCCUAUGAGUGUAAUGAAUGUGGGAAAGCUUUUGCACAAAAUUCGACUCUCCGAGUACACCAGAGUAUUCACACAGGGGAGAAACCCUAUGAAUGUCAUGAAUGCAGAAAAAGUUUUGACCGUAAGGCAGCUCUUAGAGUACAUCACAGCAGAAUGCACUCCAAAGAGGAAACCCUUGCAUGUGAUGAAUCGGGGAGAUCCUAAUGGGACUCAUACUUUAUUAGAUAACACACAGUAAAUAAUCUCCUGUCCCAUAGACUGGCAAAUUCUUUCCAGUAAAUGUUUUCUUUUCCACUAGGCACAUGGCUUGUCUAAUUUCCCAAUCUGUGCUUCAUUUGAUUGAUGCUGGUCAUGGUACAUGACACUAUUACGUUUAAUCUUCAGUCUAGCCUUUAAAAGUCACUUUACGUUCUUUCUGUCCUAUAUUGUACUAGAAUAGAGAAACUUCCAGGGCAGACUUCAGUGCCACGUAUUAAAUAUGGUAGAACACAAGGUGAAAGAAGUCAGAAUCUGAAUAACUGGGUGAAACAAUUCUCCACCAACAUCUUCACAAGUUGGCUUAAAAGAAAAACAGGGGCGCCUGGGUGGCUUAGUCGGUUAAGCGUCCAGCUUCGGAACAGGGC